AUGGUCGUUUUGACAAAACAAAAUGAAGACCAGGACUAUAUCCUGAUUGAGGAGCGUAAAUGCACCUCCCUGCCCAACUCUCCAGCCAAGCGAGCGUGUCCCAGCAAAAAGAAGCAGUUCUACAUUAACCAAGCCAUUCGCAACUCUGACCUCACGCCAAGAGCCAAAGGCAAGAAGAGCCUGCGCAGGCAGGAGAACACACGCUUUCUUGCCAAUCUUCUCGAGAAGGAUGACGAUUGUCCCAAAGAUGAGCUGGAAGUUUGCAGCAGUCCAGCAAUCCCGUCUAUUUUCACUGAGGCCUGGACCAAUGACAACUACAUUGAGCCAUGGAGUGACUUCAUGAAUUGUUCAGGAGAAGAGCAGGAGAGACUUUUGUCUUUGCUUGAGCAGGAUGUGGCCAACAAGAAAUUUGCCAGGUGUCUCCUUAAAGACCAGAGGAAUGUAAAUCCUGCCUUCACAGCUCAGGAAUGUUUCCAGAGAAUUGACCGAAGACUGCGAUCAACUCUGAGACGGAAACAAAUCCCUGUUGGAACUCUUGAAGGACUUGAAGAAAGCCUUUUGAGCUUCUUCCUUUCUCAACCUCACUCAGUUUACACAACCCACCUCUCCAGCAGCUUUGAAAGGCUGCUGCUCCAUGCUGUCUGCCAGUACAUGGACCUCGUGUCUUCAAGCAGUAACUUGAAGGGGUCUCGUCAGACUGAAGUGGUGAACAAACAGGAGGACUUCUUGCCUCCCGCACUUCUGUUGUCAGCCUAUUUGGACCAAAGAAGCUGA